UUGCAUUCUUGUACUAUAAAUAAGAGCAAAAGGGGCCAUGACAAAAAUUAAUUAAUAGCUUCUAACAUAAGUUCGACAGUUUAAUAAGCUUCUUAUAGAUUUUCACAUUUUAAAGAUUUAAGGUAUGGGUAUGAAGAGAUUACUAACGAAUGCAAGAGUACUGCUCGGGAUGCUCGCGGUACAAGUGAUAACAGCAGGACUGCAAAUACUCUCCAGGGUUAUAAUUAGCGAGGGAACGUUUAUUUUUGCUCUCAUGACUUAUCGCCAUGUUAUUGCUGCUCUAAGUAUAGUUCCCUUUGCUCUUUACUUUGAAAGAGGUGCUUUGAAGAAACUUACCUGGGCAGCUUUCUUUUGGCUUUUCAUGGUGGCACUAACUGGGAUAUCGAUGGCGAUGGGACUAUUCUACUAUGGCUUGAAGGACACGAGUGCUACAUAUGCUACUAAUUUUCUAAAUCUUAUUCCUGUUGUUACUUUCAUUUUUUCGAUAAUUCUUAGGGUGGAGAGAUUAGGACUUAACACAAUGGCUGGCAAGAUCAAAACUCUUGGGGCAAUUCUAUGCCUUGCAGGGGCAUUGACAAUUACUCUCUAUAAGGGAAAAUCAUUUCAUCUUGGUCAUUAUUUUAACCACGAGUCAACAAUCUUGAUCAAGACUCAGAAACACAUGACACGUGGCACGAUCACAUUGGCCGCGAGCUGUUUGUCCUAUGGCAUCUGGUUUAUUCUACAGGUGAAGCUAUUCAAAGUAUUUCCGUAUAAAUACUGGGCAAAUUUGUUGACGUGUGCCAUAGCGUCGGUCCAAGCCGCCGUGAUUGGGCUCUAUAUGGAUAGGGACCCAAAUGCCUGGAAAUUGGGCUUCGACCUCGAGCUUGUCACUAUUGUCUACUCGGGAGUACUUGCCACGGCAGCAUCCUUUUGUUUGAUCUCAUGGACCAUCACGCAAAGAGGGCCCACAUAUCCUUCAAUGUUCAAUCCAUUGGCCCUCAUUUUAAUUGCAAUUGUUGAAGCCAUUUUCCUUGGUGAAAAAAUCUCUGUUGGAAGUUUGUUGGGCAUGGGUUUAAUUAUCAUGGGAUUAUACUCGUUUUUGUGGGGAAAACGCAAAGACAUAAAAGCAGUUUUGCUAUCGCUCAAAGACGGAACUUUCGAUGCUAACAAGGCCGGUGGAGAUAUUGAGGUCGGCUUGCCGAAAGUUGACGAAACCACAGUUUCCAGUGAAGGCUGAUUCACACGACCCGAACUAGCUAGCUAGCUAGUAUAAAUUUGAUAGAGAGAUAUUACAAUAGUUAACUCCAUAUUUGGUUAGUAUACUUUUAUUACAAAAUCUUUGUCAUGUAUAUUAUUGUUUUCUUAUAUCUCAAUUUUGGUUUUAUUUUAUUUGUACUAACGGGAACUUCUUUGAUUCAUUGUUGAAGAAAAUGAAGCAAUAGUAAGUACCGAAUGUUUUCUCUU